UGCGCGGCUGCCUGGGCCUUGUAGUCUCCGCUCGCGCCACUGGCCCUCUGCCCGGCUUGCAGCCUCUUCCGGCGGGGAACUACAUCUCCCGGCAUGCCUCAGAGCAGCCCACAGGAGUGGGGGUGCGGGGACUGGGAGCUGAGUGACAGGGCCGGUGGCCGGGUCCCUACCCCGCCCCUUUCACAAAGGCGCGCAGCCCUUCUGCAGUGACGUCAGGGUCACGGCGAAGGACGGCUAUCCCGACUUCCGCCGGGGGACACCACUCCGUGGUUGCGCAUGCGCGUGGCGGCGUGCGUGCGCAGUCCUGCCUGGAGGAGGUGGAUGCAGUAAAAAAGAGGGCGGGGCUGCGCGCGCGCGUAGGGGAGCUGCUUCGUUGGUUGCCACGCGACGGAGGGGCCGCGCGCGCGCGGGAGCAGCUGGCGGUUGGCGCCGUUGCUCCGCUCCUCGCGUGUCACCCGCCCCCCCACCACUGCCAGCACUGCCCGCUGCCUGUGUGCUUUAACUCCUAUUUUGGAUGGGAUUUUCUUUUUCUUCAUUGUCACCCAUUGAAAUUGAUGAGAUUUUUUUUUAGGGCUGAGUUUCCAUCUGCCAUCAAAUGUCUUUCUGCCUGACUGAGAUGCACCUGUGGUCUUUGAAGAAUACCCUACAUAUUAGGGACAGUGAUAUUGGGAUCCAUCAGUACUAUGACAAAAAAGAAACAGUAUCACAAAUGAAGUAUGGUUACUUAGAAGAGAAGCAACAGCUCAUGGAAUCUCGAGAUUAUCCUUGGAUACUUAAAAACAAACGUCCAGAAAAACUGCGAGAUACCCUCAAGGAGCUGGAGGAGUUGAUGCAAAACAGUCAGUGUGUGCUGAGCAAAUGGAAGAACAAAUAUGUCUGUCAGCUCAUCUUUCAUUCAGGUGUACUGGUGUCCCUAAGCAUUUCUGGGCCUCAGCUGGAGAAAGUGGUGAUUGACAGGACCCUGGUGGGGAAGCUCAUCUCCGACACCAUCAGUGAUGCUGUUCUUACUGACAGUUUCAUCAUCUUGUCAUUUUGGGAGCAAAACAAACUCUGCUUUAUUCAGUUUACAAAGAAGACAGGUUCUCCUGAUAUAAACAAAAGACUUGAAAAACUCUCAUCCUUGGAUUUUAAGAUUUCUUAUGUUGACAUACCUGGACCAGAAAAUAGGAGGAUGAAACGUCAUCUGGCAAUAAAUUGUAUGCAAGAUAUGAUCAUUUGCUGGUGGUCAGCUACUAAUGAUGGAGCAUGGCCUUGGUCUCCUAUGUCCAGUGAAAGGAACAGAGCCAACUUAUUGCUUUUAAGCUGUGCACGUGGCAGAAUGGAGGUUUUAAGUUACAUUCGUACAGAAUGGGACCCACUUGAUGCUAGCUUUAGUGCUAAUCAGUCUUACCAAGUGCACACAGUAGAGCAUUCCAUCUCUGCAGACAAAGAGCCUAUGGCUGACAGUUGCACUUAUGAAUAUGUUAAGAACAAAAUACAGUGUGUGGCAGUCACCAGAAUACCACUAAGAUCAAAGGCCAUCACCUGCUGCAGAAACAUUGCAGAAGACAAACUGAUCCUUGGCUGUGAAGAUUCUUCCAUAAUUCUGUACGAAAUCCAGCAAAGAGUGACUCUGUUAGCUCAGGCAGAACUAUUGCCUGACUUAAUAAGCUUCCAUCCCAGUGGUGCCAUAUUUCUUGUUGGCAGCUCUCAAGGGGAACUGCAGCUUUUUGACACAGCACUAUCACCGAUCAAAAUGCAGCUUUUGUCAGAAGAGUGUUCACCCAUGGCAACUUUGCAGUUCAGCAAACAAUUUGAUGUGUCAAGUAGUCUUAUCCAGAUUCAGUGGGCAGCUCCUCAAGUUGCAUUCCACAGCAUUGAUGGCACAGAUGUUCAUGAUAUUCUAUUACUUAGAUUUGACAAUGGACCUAUAGGAGUACUUCAGUUUAAAUUCGGUGUCAUCCCAAGAGGACAGCUGAGUCUUCUGGACAUCCUCCACCAAUACAUUCAGUAUGAUGAGAUGCAAGAGGCGAUUAAUGUCCUGAGUAGUAUGAACUGGAACACUAUGGGCCAACAGUGUUACAUAAGCUUGAGUGCCAUCGUAAAUCACCUUUUUAGAAAAAAGUUGACAGCAGAGAGAGAAGCACAGCUUGAGGCAAGCCUUGGAACCUUUUAUGCUCCAGCAAGGCCUCUGUUGGAUAUGACUGUCUUGGAAUAUCGGGAUCCAAUCAGCAGAUAUGCAAGAAGGUUCUUCCACCACCUGCUCAGGUAUCAGAGAUUUGAAAAGGCAUUUCUGCUAGCUGUUGACAUAGGUGCUCGUGACCUGUUUAUGGACAUCCAUUACCUUGCACUAGAUAAGGGUGAAUUGGCGCUAGCUGAGGUGGCAAAGAAAAAGGCUAAUGACAUUGAUGCAGAAUCAAUAACUACUGGAGUUGAACGUUUGGGACAUUUUGACAGAGCGGAUACUCCAAAUGAAGCUUUUGUUGACCCAUCUUUAACACCUCAAGAGGAACAUAACUUCCCUGCUUCUGACUCAAACUUCAACCAUACAACACAGAGCAGUUCUUCUAACAGAUCUAUUAUCCGCAGACAGACAGACAACAAAAAGAAGGAGCUGGGAAUGGACAUCUCUGCUGCCUCUCUAAUGGACAAAUCCUUGCCCUGGAAUCUAGCAGGGAAUUUUGGAGACGCGCGUACAGAGCAGGAAACUGAAGGAAGUGGGUCUCUUAAAGUGGUACACUUUGGUCUAGUAUAAUCAAGACUGUGAAUGCCUUCACUUUCAAGAAACAAAAAUGUAAGGCAUGAUUCAUCUCUCCGACAACUUCGUGGGCAACUGUUUUUUAGCUGGCUCCUGUGAACCCUGAAUCAGGCCCUUCAAGAGGAAGUUCAGGUCUACAUUUCAGAAAUGCUGUAUUUAAAACACUAAAUUGUUGCUUUAUUUACAGGAAUAUAUAGCUGCAAAAACGGAACCAUAUUUAUGAAGGGUGAUACAGUGAAAUUUGCAUCAUGACAUUUU